CUCGUCUCCGACCAUCCCCCGAGCCGAGCGAUGGCUUCCCUUCUAUGGUAACGGAGACUGCGGGACGAGCGGGCGCAGCGCGGACAUGUUAGCUCCGUCCAUUUACACAGACAAAUGUUGAAGUGAGGCUUGUGUGGUACAGAUGCACCAUGUAUUCGGAGUGGCGAUCACUCCAGCUGGUUAUCCAGAGCGACCAGGGGCACAUGAGCGUUCUGCACAGCUAUCCUGAGAAUGUUGGCAGAGACGUGGCAAAUGCUGUGGUCCGUCCCUUGGGACAGGGACUGAAUAUUUCCUCCGCGGUGGGCAAUGAAAGCAUCCUGAAGACAGACAAAGAGGUAAAAUGGACCAUGGAGGUGCUUUGCUAUGGCCUGACGCUGCCUCUCGAUGGAGACACAGUAAAGUUGUGUGUGGACGUAUACACCGAUUGGAUCAUGGCUGUGGUGGCUCGCCGAGACUCCAUCCCUCAGCCCAUUAUCAAAGAACCCAAUCUAUACGUACAAACUAUUCUCAAACACUUACAGAAUCUUUUUGUCCCACGGCAAGAGCAUGCACAGAACCAAAGCACCCUGUGUCUGCGGGUUCUAGCCGCUGUUCAGAAACUAGCACGUGAGUCUGCUCACAUGUCAAGGGAGACCUGGGAAGUGCUGCUGCUCUUCCUACUGCAGAUUAAUGACGCUCUUUUGGCAGCGCCAACAAUACAAGGAGGACUAGCAGAAAACCUUGCUGACAAGUUGAUUGGGGUUCUGUUUGAAGUCUGGUUCCUGGCAUGUACCCGGUGCUUCCCCACCCCACCGUACUGGAAGACUGCUCGAGAAAUGUUAGCCAACUGGAGGCAUCACCCCGCUGUGGUCGAGCAGUGGAGUAAAGUCAUUUGUGCACUGACCUCCAGGCUCCUUCGGUUUACCUACGGGCCCUCGUUCCCCCCGUUCAAAGUUCCUGAUGAGGAUGCAAACCUGAUCCCAUCAGAAAUGGACAAUGACUGUGUCGCCCAGACUUGGUUUCGUAUUUUACACAUGCUUAGCAAUCCUGUGGACCUGAGUAACCCAACCAUAAUCAGCACCACACCAAAGUUUCAGGAGCAGCUUUUGAAUGUCAGUGGGAUAACCCAGGAAGUGAUCCAGCACGCCUGCCUCAAGCAGCUUCCUCAGAUCUUUUUUCGAGCCAUGCGCGGUGUCAGCUGCCUGGUGGACGCAUUCCUGGGCAUCGCAAGGAGCAAUAUCAUUCGGGAAAAGUUACCCCCUUAUGGCAUUUCCCGUCCGCGCUCCGACAGCGCUCCUCCCACCCCUGUCAACAGGCUGAGCAUGCCACAGAGCAGCAGUACCACAAACACCACUCCACCUCACAACAGGAGGAUACGAUCUGUUACCGUCACAAAGCCAAAUGUUAAAGCCACCUCGGGGAGUACUGGGCACCCUCCCAAAAUCACCCACCAGACAUCCACCACUUCUCCACUGUCCAGCCCUAACCAGAGCAGCUCGGAGCCUCGGCCCCUGCCUGCUCCUACUCGACCCAAGGUUAACAGUGUGCUGAACCUAUUCGGCCAGUGGUUAUUCGAUGCAGCCCUAGUUCACUGCAGACUGCACAACGGCAUGAACAGAGACAGCAGCAUGACAGCAUCUUUUAUCCAAAUUCUUCUUUCUUAUAAAUCUUGUAUCACGACCCAACCAGGUCUGGAUGUCCGACGGAAGCCCUCCCACAUGUCCACCGAAAACAUGGUUACCAACCCACUGUUUGACGUCAACGAGUUUCCUGAUAACUAUGAGGCAGGCAGGGCUGAGGCCUGCGGAACACUUUGCAGAAUCUUCUGUAGUAAGAAGACUGGGGAGGAGAUCCUGCCAGUCUACCUUUCCAGGUUCUACAUGGUACUGACCCAAGGGCUGCAAAUAAACGAUUACAUAUGUCGACCUGUUUUGGCGAGUAUCAUCCUGAACUCCCCGUCAUUGUUCUGCUCCGACCUGAAGGGUAUCGAUGUUCUUGUUCCCUAUUUCAUUUCAGCGUUGGAGACGAUAUUGCCUGACCGAGAACUGUCUAAAUUCAAGGCUUACGUGAAUCCCACCGACCUUAGGAGAGCAUCAAUCCAUAUCCUUCUCUCAAUGCUGCCCCUCCCGCACCACUUUGGGACUGUUAAAGCAGAGGUGCUGUUGGAAGGGAAGUUCAGCAAUGAGGACUUGCUGUCACACGACAAGCCCGUUACAUUCCUGUCCCUGAAGCUGAGGCUAGUCAAUGUGCUGAUCGGAGCUCUGCAGACUGAAACCGACCCCAACAACACCCAGAUGAUCCUAGGUGCCAUGUUAAACAUUGUCGAAGAUUCUGCUCUUUUAGAAGCUAUCGGUUCUCAGACUGAACUGAGUGUCGGUGACAGCACACAUGUGUCACUCAAGAGUCACAGUCGCAACAGCAGUGGCAUCAGUCUGACCAGCACCGGCAGCUCUGAGGCCACUACCCCAGACAGCGAAAGACCUGCGCAGGCCCUCCUCAGGGAUUAUGGUGUUGCAGCUCUUCAUACAGAUACAGCGUCGGGACUCCUGAUCCGCAGUAUCCAUUUGGUAACACAGAGGCUGAAUUCGCAGUGGAGACAGGACAUGAGCAUCUCGUUGGCAGCGCUCGAGCUGCUGUCUGGCCUGGCCAAGGUGAAGGUGACUGUGGAAUCCACAGACCGGAAGCGUGCGGUUAGUUCUGUCUGUGGCUACAUCGUUUACCAGUGCAGCCGCCCAGCCCCCUUUCACUCACGGGAUCUACACUCCAUGAUUGUGGCAGCCUUUCAGUGCCUGUGUGUGUGGCUGACCGAACACCCAGACAUGCUGAACGAAAAGGAUUGCCUGAUCGAGGUGCUGGAGAUCGUGGAACUGGGAAUCUCCGGGAGCAAGUCUAAAACCAGUGAUCUGGAGGUUCGGUACAAAGGUGAUAAGGAGCUCAAUCCUGCUUCCAUGAGGGUGAAGGAUGCUGCGGAGGCUGCACUCACCUGUAUAAUGCAGUUACUUGGGGCGUUCCCCUCUCCUAGUGGUCCUGCUUCGCCCUGCAGCCUCCUCAAUGAAGAGACGCUCAUCAAAUACUCCCGGCUGACCUCAACCAGCAAAAAUCACUUCCGUUAUUUUGUUCUGGAUAACAGCAUCAUCAUAGCAAUGCUAGAACAGCCCCUGGGCAACGAUCAGAAUCCUUGCCCUUCUGUUACGGUUCUGAUCCGAGGAAUGUCUGGGAGGCACGCGUGGACCAUGCAGCUGUACCACCAACCCAGGGGUUCCCGAGCCAGCCAAAAGGCAUUUGUUCCCGAACCUUCCCCCGCUCCAAACAACAACGUGGGAAUUAAAUACAACGUCAAACACCGGCCGUUCCCGGAGGAAGUGGACAAAAUUCCCUUUGUGAAAGCUGACCUAAGCAUUCCGGAUCUGCACGAGAUUGUGACUGAUGAGCUGGAAAUUCAGCACGAGAAGCUGAAGAAUGUGAUGGCCCAACAAAUUCUCUUUGAGAACUCGCUUGAGAAAAUGAGCGAGGAAAGAGUUUGCAGCACUACGUUCCCCGACCCCAUCACCGAAUGCAUCCCCCCGCCUCCCGCCCAGGAGUUCCAGACAGCUCGUCUUUUUCUUUCACACUUUGGCUUUCUCUCUCUCGAAGCUUUGAAGGAACCAGGUAACAGCCGCCUACCUCCUCACCUUAUCGCACUUGACUCCACACUGGCUGGCUUUUUUGAUGACAUUGGCUACUUGGACUUGCUGCCUUGCCGACCGUUUGAAACCGUCUUUGUGUUUUACAUGAAAGCCGGCCAGAAAACCAGUCAAGAGAUUCUUAGGAAUGUAGAAUCCUCCAGCAACGUGCAGGCUCAUUUCCUGGAGUUCCUCCUGUCAUUGGGAUGGCCGGUGGAUGUAGGGAAGCAUCCUGGCUGGACUGGACAUGUGUCAACCAGCUGGCUGAUUAACACAUAUAACGGACACGAGGGGAACGAACCAGAGGAGGUAAUGACCCCUGAAGACUCUGGAGGAGGCAUAUUUAAUGGGGAGAGGAAGGUGCUGUAUUAUGCUGAUGCCUUGACUGAAAUUGCCUUUGUUGUUCCUUCCUUUGUGGAAUCGUCUGCUGAGUCCUCGGAGAGCGGGCUCCUAGCCCAGGACGAGACUCAGAUGGAUCUGCUGCCGAGCCUCCUGAAACAGGCCCCGCUGACACUCGAGCUCUUCCCCAACCAUUCCGACAGCCUCGGCAACUCCCAGCGGAUGAGUCCGACACAGAGAGCCAAGAAGCUGCCUCUGGGGCGCACUGUCCCUCCACUGGGACCUGAGACCAAGGUUAUCGUGGUGUGGGUGGAACGUUUUGAUGACAUAGAGAAUUUCCCUCUUCCCGAUCUUCUGCCAGAGACCAGCACCGGAGUAGAGAACACUACAAACAGCAGCAUGUCUCUCAGGACCACCAUGUCAGACAAAGACGUGCCGGUCAUUUUCAUCCAUCCCCUGAAGACUGGCCUCUUCCGAAUCAAAGUGCAGGGGGCCACCGGCAAGUUCAGUAUGGUGAUCCCACUGGUGGACGGAAUGGUCAUAAGUCGCCGAGCUUUAGGGUUCUUGGUGCGACAGACUGUUAUAAACAUUUGCCGGCGGAAGCGUCUGGAGAGCGACUCCUACAACCCUCCCCACGUGCGGAGGAAGCAGAAGAUCGCGGAUAUUGUCAACAAGUAUCGCAACAAGCUGCUGGAGCCUGAAUUUUAUACCUCACUCUUUCAGGAGGUGGGGCCCAAGCCCCUCAAUCGGUAGAUACACUGAAUUCACAAAAGUAUUUAUAAGCUAUUUUACUACUUUAAAGUCGGGCACUUGCCGUCAUGCAAUGUGAUAGCAGCACAGAUCUCUGGAAGGCCGUACGUAUAUCCCAGCUGGUUCUGUGUCGUGUGCUAGGGAGAUUCCCUUGAUUUUUCAGAAAUAUAUAAAAAAAACAUUUUGUAUUGAACUGCGAGACCGCCUUACUAAAACAUUACGGAACUUCUGUGCAGUACUUGAAAUCAGUGAUACCUUGUGUAAGCAGUGGGCGAUCGGGCGGCUCUGGGUGUGAGAGCACCACCCACUCGCUCGUCUCUGAGAUUUUUUCUCCAGCCCAAAACAACCACAUCUGAAAUGGCCUGACACAGAACGAGCUCUGGCAGUGUCAAUCCAGUUCUAAGCAUGGUCCUCGUUAGCACUCGAAUGGCAGGAGAGAGGUCCUUCCCUGAUCUGCCUAGGUCAGAGAUUUUUAUUUUAAGGUAUCAAAGCUGUUUUUGCUUGGGGUCCAUAUUCCAUGAGCUUUUAGUGUUUCUGAGCUGAAAGGCACAUACAUGCCUUGUAAUCACGAUGCAGACAUUAAGAUGACGCUGAGAAAAGUCAUCACCAAUUUUCGAACUUGUUUUUUCCUGCGGAUAAAGUUUUAUUCUAAUACUCAACACAGUAAAGUUCUUCUUUGGCUGGUUCUAAUGACCUGGAAACCAGGAUAAAUGCUCAUACUGAAAUAUUAUUUAUCAAGGGCUGUACUGUACUGUUUUUAAUUAAAUAAAAAAAACCUAGGGAACAUGGAGUGCUUUAGUGUUGUAGGGGAGGACUGGAAAGCAGUCUUAACUGUUGAUGCCCAUAUUAACUGCAAUACCUCUCGCGUUUCAUCUCCGACCUAUGGAACUCACCUAGAGGAAACUGGGACUGAGCCCCAAGUCAUUGGCUGUUAACACGUGCACGCAAUGGGAAGUCUAUGACCUUCCUGCUGACACCAACAGUGCAAUGUCCAAGUCUCUCUGGGCUCCGAGUAUCCCAACAUCAACUUCACCAGCCAUCUGGCCUCAAAGUUGGCCGACUCUCUUAUUGCACCACCACCAGCAUAAAUGUCAUGUCAUUUGUGCUUUGGUGCCUGUCAGUGGUUGAAUAUAUAAAAGGCUGAGGCUGCCAGACAGCUUUGCUGAAUUGGUUUCUUUUCUGAACGCAGAGCGCUGAGAAAGCAUUUAGCCCAGUCUUCUGGUACGUGUGUGGCCGACACGCCCAGGUCAUGACGAUCACUGACCUAAACUGUAGUUUAAAAUAAAAAAAGUAAAAAAACA